CACUAUUAUUCAACGUUUUGCUGCUUAGUUACAAUCGUUAUUUUACUGCGUUCUUUAAGAUAUAAACUUAAAAGUUUCGGUAGACAAAAGCCGAAAUUAAAUCCACCCGCAAGUCUGACCGAUCCAAGGUACGGUGUGCAUAAAUAUAUAAGGGCUAAUAAUGUGAAAUUACAUUAUGUGGAGAAUGGUGAUCCAUCUAAACCUCUAAUGCUGUUCAUUCAUGGAUGCCCAGAGUUUUGGUAUUCUUGGCGACAUCAAAUUGUUGAAUUUAAAAAAGAUUAUUAUUGUGUGGCAGUAGAUAUGCGUGGCUACGGAGAUUCAGAGAAACCAGAAGGAAUAUCUUCGUACAAUCUAGACAUACUUGUUGAAGAUGUGCGUGAUUUUAUACGGAAACUAGGUCGAAACAAAUGCAUUCUUGUAAGCCAUGACUGGGGCGGCAUAGUUGCAAGCAAGUUUCGUGACACACAUCCUAACUAUGUAGAUGGUAUAAUGAUGUUCGCAAGUAUAACCAGGGAAACGUGGCAUAAGGCGAUUUGGAGUAACCUUAAUCAGCACUUACGUUCAUGGUAUACUUUCUUUUUCCUCAUGCCAAAGCUACCGGAGUGGGCGUUUGAAAUGGGCAACUUACAAAUGUUUGAUACUAUGUUUCAAUACGGUGAUAAAAAUGCCGAUGCGAAUACUAUUGCAUGCUACAAAUAUACUUUCAGUAAACCAGGUUCCUUCACGGCACCAGUAAACUAUUACCGGGCACUCUUCUCAUUGACAUGUCCUGAAAAAUAUAAAGAUGAUAAUGUUCCAAUGCUUUUGGCGAACCCGGAGAAAGAUUUGGCAUUGGAUCCAAUUUUAUUGGACCGUAUAAAGGAGGAAUACAAAUACAUUGAAACAAUGCUAGUUAAGGGCAGCUAUCAUUUCUUACAAGAACAGGAACCAGAAAGAGUUAACAAGAUUAUGAGAGAGUUUCUUGCUAAGCAUAAGUUGUAAAUUCUGAUUUAGAUAGUACUCAAAUGUAAUGGAGAUAUUAGAAUGUAUACCUUUUUUCUUUUUGUACUCUGCAGUGCAUUGUAUUAAAUGUUGAUUAGCGUGUGUUCCAAAUA